AAGUCAACACUUCUUGAGUGUGUAAUAGUAGAACAACAAAUCCUUUUCUUUAAUUCUUAAAUCCUUCUUUCACCAGCAAACAUGAAGUUCGUUGUUGCCGUAGUCAUGUUGGUUCUUGCCGUUGGUGUACACUCAUCCCUACUGGGUGCUCAAAUCUCUCCCGGUGUUUCAUAUGUGAGCCCAUUACUUAGUCCACUGCUCGCACCAGGCCUUGGACUCGGUCCCUUGGGCUUACCAGCUGCCGCUAAUGUUGUGGGUGUUAGUGCUCCCGGUCUAUUGGGUGGUAUUCCCGGCAUCUCUCUUAGUCAAGGACCUGGUGCUGCUAUUGCUGCUCCUAUUGCUGUUUCUCAUGCUUUGGGUACAGGUCCAGGAGUUUAUGUGGCGAAGACUCGUGGUGCCAUUCACACCGCCCCAUUGGCCGGACACAUUAACUCGGCGACUUCUCUGAAUUUGGCACCAGCUCCAGGAACUUUGUAAGCAUUUCGUGCGUCAUCGAUUCAUCUCGUUGAAGAAUAAAUGCUUACUGCUACUACUACAACCACAUAAACAAUAAUAUCAACAAUUUGACGACUCUGAUGCCAAACGAAGAAGGCAACCGUUAUCCGUCAUUUGCUAUGUACCAUCUACUAUCCGCAACUCAUACCCUGACCCGCAACCGACCUGAUGUGCAACUCAUAAUGUCUACAGCAUAUCUAUGUUUUUUAUAUUACAUAAUAUACUACGUACCUUGUUCACAACUACA